AUGGAGGACUUCAACCAAAUUGAUAUGAUGUCUCAUAUCGCGAACUCCAGCAAGAACGAACUCAAACCAAACAAGGAGGAAGUGAUGGCACAUACUGCCACUGGUGACAGCGACAUCGCACCACAUGUUGCCCAAGUCGAGGUUGCACUGAAACUCGUGGCUGGAGAAGCGUCUGAGGCGUCAGUGUCAGCUGGUCGAGGUUUCACAUCUCAUGUGGUGGAUGUGAACACUGGGGAGGAUGUGAUGAGCAAGAUAGCACCAUUUUAUCAGGCAGGUCCUCUGUCAGUUAGUCUACUUUUUGCUCAUGGUCAUGUUUCAAGUGUUGCCUUUCUCCAACCUGAUUCUAAUAACCUGUUGAGAUAUGAGGGCCACUUUCAAAUUAUAUCAUUAACUGGAUCAUGCGUCUAUUCUACUGAAGUUGGUGGUCCUCUUACAAAAACCUUCAAGUUCAUGAUUUCAUUGUGUAAACCCGAUGGAGAGAUUUUUGGAGGGAACAUUACAAGCUCCUUGAUAGCGGCUGGCCUUGUUCGCCUUAUCUUGGGCACUUUCAAGCAAAAAAUAAGCAAUCGUAUCAAGAGAAGGCAGUCAUCUGGAUCAUCUACUGCUUCAAACAUCCCAGAUUCUGCAAGAGGGGAUCUGCAUAAAGUUCCUAGGAUGACAAAAGGGGAGAUCAUUUGUCCUACACCAAUAUCAGUAGUGUGGCAAAAAACAUCAACCGAUGGCAUAACUGAUACUCUACCUCUUUCUUAG